AUGGUGUCUGGUGGAAGACAGAUUCUCGGUAUGGCCCUGGCCAUCAUUGGUUUUCUGGGGAGCAUCAUCAUCUGCGCUCUCCCCACCUGGAAAGUUACAGCCUUCAUUGGUGCCAACAUUGUCACUUCUCAGGUGAUCUGGGAAGGUUUGUGGAUGAACUGCGUGACACAGAGUACAGGCCAGAUGCAGUGCAAAGUCUAUGACUCUCUCCUGGCCUUACCUCAAGACCUGCAGGCCGCCAGAGCGCUCGUCAUCAUCGCCAUCAUUGCCGGGGUCUUUGGGACCCUUCUUGCUGUGGUAGGGGGAAAGUGCACCAACUUUGUGGAUGACGAAAGGCAAAAGUGCAAAGUGGCCAUCACCGCUGGGAUCGUCUUCAUCAUCGCAGGCCUCUUGGUGCUCAUCCCCGUCUGCUGGACCGCCAACACCAUCAUUCGUGAUUUCUACAACCCCCUCUUGACCAACGCUCAGAGGAGGGAGCUGGGGGCCUCACUCUACAUUGGCUGGGGCUCCGCAGGGCUGCUGUUCCUGGGUGGGGGCCUCCUCUGCAGCUCCUGUCCCCCCAGAGAUGAGAAUGACUAUGAUGUGAAGUACGCCAAGGCUCGCUCUGUGGAGAGCAGCAAGGCCUACGUUUAG